UCCUCAGAUCCUACUUCUUGGGAUAAAGGGAAAGACACGGAGUUCUUCCAACCCAAAUUUGGUUCGUCAAAGCGACCUAGACUCAAUUCUGAGCUGUUAGGCCCUUCAAGACUAUGUUGGCUCUCUGUGUAGUAACCAACUCCUGUUUGAUAUAACGAUCGUCCACCAUGGUAUCAUACAGUAUCACUGGUAUCAUAUUUUCUUCUGUGCUCGUUUUAAUUUGUAAGAUAUAGAUUUAAUCUGCACUGCUUAAACUUACAAUUGCUGCCACACUCAAGACAAUUAUCCUAAAUACAUUUUGGGAACAAAUGGAAAAAUACGAAAAACUUGCAAAAAUUGGUGAAGGCUCUUACAGUGUAGUGUUCAAGAGCAGAAACAAGGAUACUGGACAAAUUGUUGCCAUUAAGAAGUUUGUGGAAUCAGAGGACGAUUCAUUCAUAAAGAAGAUAGCUGUGAGAGAGAUCCGCAUAUUAAAGCAAUUAAAGCACAAUAACCUGGUGAACCUUAUCGAAGUUUUUAGAAGAAAACGUAAAUUGCACCUUGUGCUUGAGUAUUGUGAUCACACUGUACUAAAUGAGCUGGAGAGAUAUCCUAGAGGGUUACCAGAAGCAAUGGUUAAAAACAUAAUGUGGCAGAUGCUUCAAGCGAUUAAUUUUUGUCACAAGCACAACUGUAUUCACAGAGAUGUCAAGCCUGAAAACAUUCUAAUUACUAGACAGGGAGUCAUUAAACUCUGCGACUUUGGAUUUGCCAGAAUACUAAUAGGUCCAGGAGAUGAUUACACUGACUAUGUAGCAACCCGCUGGUACCGAGCACCAGAGCUCCUUGUGGGAGAUACACAGUAUGGGGCUACAGUAGAUAUCUGGGCUGUAGGUACUGUCUUUGCAGAGCUGGUGUCUGGACAAGCAUUAUGGCCUGGGAAAUCAGAUGUGGACCAAAUCUACUUGAUAAUAAGGACUCUGGGUAAACUCAUCCCAAGGCAUGAGCAUAUAUUCAGGAAUAACCAAUUUUUUCUGGGUGUUAGUUUACCUGAACCAGACCCUGAGGAUAUGGAACCCCUAGAAGAUAAGUUUCCAAACCUAAACCCUCAUGCUUUGACAUUCAUGAAGAGUUGUUUGAAAAUGGAUCCAGAGGACAGAUGCAGCUGUGAAGACUUGCUUGAAAAUGCAUACUUUGAUUUAUAUCGAGAUGAAAAUGAAAAAUCCAGACAAUGGCUUGAUGGCCGGAAUCGAAAAAGACAGCAGCUUUUGCCUCAGCUCCCUGGUAAUAAUGGGUCACCAGCACCAGAUCCCAGAAAGCAGGUUCGUCAGCAACGGUUUGAUCACCUUCCUACCAUCUGACAAUCUCUAUCAAG